ACUCGCAGCGAGGUGUUCGGUUCCCGUGCGCCAGGUUUUGCUGGCGAGAGCAGAAACCGAACAUGUGGCGGGCGUCCGUCGCCGCGGCAGCGACUGCGUCGUCGUCGUCUCCGUCGUCUCCCAUCCAAAAUGUAACUCCGGAGCUAUUAAGCCACCGCUCUCCCUACGAGUGCGCAGAUCGAGUUUCGCUUCUGGCCUUGCGACCGCCCUCCUCCAUCGAUGGAGUCCCUCCCCUUCGUUCUUCCCCGGUUGGGACAGUCCGGAACCCUCACCCUCACCGGGCCAAGUUUCGGGCGCGGGGUCGUGCGAUUCGUCUCCUUCGCUCCCGUGAAGGCGAGCUCCGGUGCCGAGGUCACUUCGGUCUCAUGUUCCGCCAUUGCUCCCGCUCCCGAUGCCCGACCUGGCCUUCGCAGGACGCCACCGCUGGCUUUGUUGGGAGGAAUAGAUGACGUGGAAGAGAAGAUCGAAAAGGUAAUCUACAAGUGCCGAUUUUUUGCGUUCCUCGCAGUGGCUGGUUCUCUGAUGGGUUCCAUAAUUUGUUUUCUCAAGGGUUGCACAUGUGUGAUAGAUUCUUACAGAGAAUAUUUUGACAGUGGAGCGAAAGUGGUUCUGAUGUUGGUUGAAGCCAUUGGUAAACCAAUAUAUGUCUAUCUUGUUGGGACUGUGAUGCUUGUCUUCGGGAUGGGUUUGUACGAGAUCUUCAUCAGUAAUCUUGACAUAGCAAAGAUGUCAUCCCAUGGAUCAAACCUUCUUGGGUUAUUUAAACUAAUGGAGCGUCCAAGAUGGUUGGAAAUUCAGUCUAUCAACGAAUUAAAGACCAAGUUAGGUCAUGUGAUAGUGAUGGUUCUAUUGGUUGGAAUGUUUGAAAAGAGCAAGAAGGUGACCAUAUCUUCUCCAACAGAUUUGUUAUGCUUUGCAGCAUCUAUUCUUCUAUCUUCUGGCUGCCUUUAUCUUCUGUCCAAGCUUCAUUCUACCAAAUGAAGUAAACAUGACUGAGACAGCAAUUUGAAAUGUAUCCCACUAUCUUUUGGUGUAAGGACAACUUUUCUCUAGUGAUUCGUGAGUACUUUAUCACUCACAGACAUGACUCUCAACUAUGUAUUUGUCGUUAAGCGCAUUUAGUAGAAAUGUUAAUAAGUGCUAUUCUUCUGAACCUUCACUAGAAAAUUUUAAUUAUCAUAUUUAUAUGGUUAUUAGAAGAGGAGCCUUGGUGCAACGGUAAAGUUACUGUCCGUGACCUGACGGAUUUAGAGAGGUCAUGGGCUCGAGUCUUGGAAAUAGUUUCUUGCAAAGUAAGAUAAGGCCAGCGUACAAUAGACCCUUCUCUGAGACCCGUAUUGGCCGGAGUUUCGCGCACGAGGCUGCUCAUUUUAUAUUUAUAUGGUUAAUAUUGCUUCAUACUUCUUUUGUUCAUCACACUGAUACCUUCUUGUGUAUGUUGAACUUAAUUUUCCAAGAGCAUGUCUGGAUGAACUGGUUUUUUCAGCAAUACAGAGUUACUAUUUUGGAUUUAGUUACCAAGAAUAUGGCAUUCCAGCAGUUUGUUCCUUCAAAAAUUCCAUCUACCUGGAAGUGGGGUCUAAAGAAUCUAAGCACUUCUAUCGGUCCCUGAACAUGUAUAUUUAUAAAUUUUCGUGCUGGAAUGCUUUAGUACUGCUGCAUCUUUUGUGUGGUAAAUUGUGGGUAGAACAGAAACACACAGGGUGACAUAUCACAGGUGUGGGACCCUCUGAUACACUAUCACAGGAAUGUGAGAUUUAUUUUCUCAAAGAUGGAGGAAGAAUAAAGGAAAUAAUUUUCUAGUUAGUGGAUUUUAAAGACCACACAUAAAUUAUCUUAGAGAUUAAAUAAGGGAAUAUUGUCUUGGAACAUAUUUGUAUCUGAAGAUAUAGCUUAUGAUUUUCUUAAACUAGUGAAAAUUUAAACAAAUUCUACUGAGUUUUAUAGUUAUACUAUGAAAUGAUUUCUUUAUGUUCAUUAAUGUAACACUCAGGACAUCAGUAGCAAAUAUUCUCCCAUUUAGUUACUUGAAAAUUCACAAGCAGUUGCUUCUUUUUGAAUUUAUUAAGUAAAAAAAAAUGUACUGAAUUCUCUGUAAAAGAACUAAAUUCUAGGUGAUAAUAAAGAAAUUAUAAAAUAAGAAGUGUUACUGGAAAAUUUGUUGAUGAAGCUGGAGUGAAUUAUAUAAAAGUUCCUUGUAGUCAUUUUACUGUAAGUAUCUCAAAAUUCUUAUCUUCAUAUAGUCUUCAAAAACUUCUGAGCUUUUAACAGCCUGCAACUAAAACAACAAAGGGACUUUGUGUCAUCGUUCACCUGUUAAGUUGACAUGGUUUAGGAUAUAAAAGAAGCUAUUAGUUGUCUCACAUACUGGUCUGAUUAAUGGUUAUAUGCCAAAUUAACAUAUAAGCUUUUCUUCCCUCUUCAACUGGAGAAUACAUGAAAAACCAUCCUCUCUUUCUUUCCUGCUAACCUUUUUCUGGCUAGAGUCAUGGACUGCAGGAUAAUGGUGGAGGGAAACAGAUAAACCAUGGCAUCAGUGUACAGAGCAAUAAUGGCAGCUUUGUGGUUGAUAUUUGCAACUCGAUGUUCACGUGUUCAAACUCAUCCACCAAAUCAAUGAAGGUUGAGGGCAUACCUGGUGUGUUCCUGCAAAUUGAAAUAAGUGUAAAACAAAUCACUAGUAUAGCCUUUACUGAUCCCACAUAAAACUGAUGGUUAGGAUUUUAAUGAAUGUAAAUGAUUAUCUUUGUUUACUGACCAGAAUAGGACCAUUUACAUUUCUGAUUUAAGAAUACAGUCGAUGGUAAUGGUUGGCUAACCAAAAGCUGUUUGGUUCUGGAUCUCGAGGAGGAAAGCGGACACAAAGAAUUUCAGCCAACCCCAUUCCACCCAAUUGUGGAAAAGAGCUUACUUUUUAAGGAGCUCAACCUGAACUCACACAGUCAGCAAGUUGAGAUGGAGAUGAGUGCAGCACAUGACGCCCACUAAGCCACCACAAUUUGUCUUCAUUAAAGAUGUUUGUGUCUAAUUAUUAUAAUAGGUAAGGAUAUGUUGAUGAAACUUCACUGGAUUCAAUCUGAUCUUGUAUAGCUAAAAAAUAUGUUAAAAAAAGACAUUCAUGUUUUAUUCUUUCACGUGUAAGACAGUCCUCCUCGGUUAGAUAUAUUUUUAAUGAUUGAUAAGGUUAA